AUGAAGAUGAUUCCCUUUGCCUUGUGCCAGUUUUUCUGUGCUCGUCCGUGCCCCUUCCACGCCCACUGCCUUCGUUGCCUGCAGCCGACUCGACCCAUUCGACUCGCUCGACUCGGCUGCUGCCCACACCUCGCCAGCGCCACUCCUCACCCGGUACCGCAGUCACCUUCUCUCUUCGACAGCCCUCCACCACACACCGGCUCCACCUUCUCCUCCGCCCGUCCGUCCGUCUUCCACGAAGACCCACUCACCGUCUGCCCCCAAAAAGGCCCAUUCGGUCCCCUAGGCCUGCGAUACCAACCCCAUCCGAGUCCCUUCCACAGUGACCCCGAAGGAGCCUCAAAGUGGUGCCCACUUCGUGGCCGCCCCCUGUCAUGUCCCCUAGCAACAGUCUGUCCAACCAUGCUGGCAGGGUGUGUUUCCGGAGCGUCAGUUUGUCCAUUCGCCUCGUCCGAAGAGCCCUUUCUGGAGGUGUCGUCGAAAAAGUGUCCAUUUGCCGAGCACACAUGCCGACGUGUGCAUACAGACAGAUGGACCACGCGGUUUUUCACAGCCUUGAUUGUCCAACUGUUGUUUCGACACACUCACAACCAUAGUCCAACCGUCCUUAUUCCUGUCUGUCCUGUCCGUUAUGCUAGCCCACACAAUUGGCGUCAACUCUUGUCGCCCCAGCAAUACAACAACCUUAGUUCGAGCCCCGGCGAAUGCUCUACCCUUGCGCCAGCCGUGCCAGCAACAAGUGAUAGACAAUGCCAAAAAUGGGCCAAUCGACUCGUGAAAGGACAAAGGCGCGCCCCAACAACGAGAAGAAGCCACGUUGUAACCGACCGAGGCUUGAGCCGUGUUCUCGAGCGG